AUGGCGCGCAUCGAGGACGAGGGCGCGCGCGAUGAGGAAGAGAAUGGUGAGGAUCAGGAUUUUGAACAAUCGGUCGACGGCGCGCAAGUCAUGGCGGCUUUACAGCAACUCCAUGGGAACAGCGGGCUGAUCGGAGCUUUGCAACAGAAGCUCGAUGGGUUGGUCGGUCUUCGGAGUGGGUUCCUGGAGGAGCUGCAUCCGAAAGUGCGCGCGCGCGUGCGGGCGCUGGAGCAGUUGCAGGAGUCGCACGACGAGCUGCACGACGCGUUCGUCAAGGAAAGACGCGCGCUCGAGGCGAAGUACGCGGCGCUGUACGAACCGUUGUAUAAAUCUCGAAGUGAGAUCGUGACCGGGGCCAAAGAGGCCGAGUGCGAGGACGAAGAGCUGCGGAAGGAGAUCGAAGCGCACGAAGAGGCUGCGCCGGCUGGCGUUCCAGAGUUUUGGCUCAUCGCGUUGAAGAAUCACGAAGAGAUCGCGGCUAUGAUCACCGAGCGCGAUGAGGGUGCGCUCAAGCACUUGGUAAACGUCACCACGACGCGACUCGAGGGUGAGGACGAGGAUGGGGACGAGAUGUGCGGCUUCAAGAUUGACUUUCACUUCGAACCGAAUGACUACUUCGAGGACGAAGUGUUGACGAAGACGUACCACAUGGACGAUGAAGACGAAGACGUUUUACGUUACAUCGAGGCCAGCGAAAUCAACUGGAAGGCUGGGAAGAACCUCACCGUGAAGGUUCUGCGCAAGAAACCCAAGCCCGGGGCGAAGAACAAGAAGCCAAUCACGAAGACAGAACCGGCGGAAAGCUUCUUCCAGUUCUUCUACCCGCCCGAAGUUCCGGACGAUGAGGAGCAAGAAAACAUGACGGAAGACGAUGCGGAACAGUUGCAAGAGGCUAUGGAACAAGACUAUGAGAUUGGUAGCAUGAUUGCCACCAACUUGAUCCCGGACGCCGUCAACUGGUUCACGGGCGAAGCGUUUGCGGAGGACGACGACGAGUUCGAUGACGAAGACGAAGAUGACGAGGAUGAUGAUGACGACGAAGACGACGAAGACGAAGACGACGAAGAUGAAGACGACGAAGACGAUGGAGAACAGGAAUUUGUCGCGGGUAAGAAAUCGUUCACGGCGCCUUCUCCGUUGGACGCGGGUGGAAAGCCCGGCGCAGCGGGCGAACAACCGCCAGAGUGCAAGCAGCAGUAA